UUAAACUUGUAAUAAACUAAUCAAUCAUUAAUAUUCUGAAUUCACUAACCAUUUAUUUUAGGAAAGAAACUAAAAACACAGUCCAACGAAAUUCAGUUAGGGUGUAAGUAACCGUCUCUCCAACUACAAUCAAGGAAAAAUUGUCAACAAUGAAGCGAAAAAAAUGGUCAGAACUAGAAGAACAAACCCUACUCUCAAAAUACUCCGACCUUCUCCGUAACGGCACAUUAACCAAACUCAAAACUCGCGAGAAAAAGUUCAAACCAAUCGCCGAUCAUCUCAACGCCGUUCACCACCUUCACGACUCAGCCACCUUCCCUUUCAAAUGGUCCUGGCGUGACGUUUCCAUCAAAGUUCAGAACAUGCGUCAUCAGUACAUCGGGGUUAAGCACAAGAUCCGUAUCUCUUCUCAAUCUCAAUCUCAAUCUAAAUCUCAUCAGUUUAAUUGGAAUGACGGUGUUAAUCAUUGGGGGAAUUUUCUCAAUUAUAAACAAGUUUUCGGUGAUGUUCAAAUUGAUCCUAAACCUAAUUGUAAUAGUAAUGAUAAUAAUGAUUGUAAUUCUGCUUCUUGUGAUUUAGGGUUUGGAGUUGAUGAGUCUGAUGACGGUGACGACGAAGGCGGUGGCGAUGAUAGUGAUGGUGAUGUUAGUGAAGAAGAAUUGAAGAGAUUGGGGUUGGGGGUUUUGAAAUUGAGGGAGGUUAUGGUGAAGAGGGAAGAGAAGAGGAGGGAGAGAGAGUUUUUGAAGGAGAAAGGAGAGUGGAAGAGGGAUGGAUUUGAGUUUAAGAGAAGGGAAUGUUGUUGUAGUGAGAGGGAAUUGGAAUUGGAGAUGGAGAUGGAGAUGGAGGAGAGGGAGUUGAGAUGGGGGAAAAAGGAGGUUGAGAAGAGGGUGAGGUUGGAGAAGGAGCUUGAGGAGGAGAAGAGGAGGAGGAAGAAAGUGGAGGAGAAGAUGGAGGAAGAGGAGAUGGAGUGGAGGGAGAGGAUGGUGGCGAUGCAGAUCGAGCACGAGAAACAGAUGAUGCAGAUGCAUGCAGAGGCUUGUCAUAAUCAAAUGCAAGUUCUUGGAGUUAUGGCGAGAAUACUUUGUCAGUUCUUUGGUUCAGGAAAUGAUGGAUUGGCUGGUGCUGGAUUAGGGACAUUGCCUCCGCAGGUGUUGCAUCAUGGUGGUGGUUUAGGGAGUGUGAAACCCGAUGCCAGUUCGCCUUCCGAGUUUAUGUAGAAGUUUGUUCCUUUUCAUUUGAAUUCCAUUUUUUAGAUGAUUCUGAAAUGCAGUAGUUGUAUCAUAUUUUGUGAACUUUUGAAGGAAAUGUCCGAUUUCGACGAAGACCGACAAGGUGAAACGUGACUCCUGGAUAGCCCCAACACGGAUCAGCCGAGCAUGUAUACUGUAUAACAAUUUUCUAAGCUUUAAGAGUACUAUUGAAUUUGUAGCCUGCAGAAAAGAUGUAAAAAGUAAUCUAUUAGUACUUGGUAAUACAGAAGUAAAAUUGUGUUACGAUUUCAGUAAUUUAUUUAGGUGUUCAGGCUUUCAGCUUUUGAUUUCA